AUGCAGCAAGUUUUGGAUAAUCUUACUGAUCUGCCCACAUCAACAGGAGCUGAAGAAAUAGACCUUAUUUUCCUCAAAGGAAUUAUGGAGAACCCUAUUGUAAGAUCACUUGCUAAGGCUCAUGAGCGACUGGAAGAUUCUAAACUUGAGGCUGUCAGUGACAACAACCUGGAACUAGUGAAUGAAAUUCUUGAAGACAUCAGUCCUUUAAUAAACAAAGAUGAAAGUAUUGCAGAAUUAGUUGGUAUACUCAAGGAACCUCAUUUUCAGUCACUCUUGGAAGCCCAUGAUAUUGUGGCAUCAAAGUGUUAUGAUUCCCCUCCUUCUAGCCCAGAAAUUAAUAAUUCUUCAGUGAACAACCAGGUAGUACCAGUAGAUGCCAUUCGUAUACUUGGUAUUCACAAACGAGCAGGGGAGCCACUGGGUGUUACAUUUAGGGUUGAGAAUAAUGAUCUAGUAAUAGCACGAAUCUUGCAUGGCGGAAUGAUAGAUCGACAAGGUCUUCUGCAUGUGGGAGACAUCAUUAAAGAAGUGAAUGGUCAUGAAGUUGGAAACAAUCCAAAAGAGCUACAAGAACUACUGAAAAAUAUUAGUGGCAGUGUCACUCUGAAAAUUCUUCCCAGCUAUAGAGACACUGUUAUUCCUCAACAGGUAUUUGUGAAGUGUCAUUUUGAUUAUAAUCCAUACAAUGACAACCUGAUCCCAUGCAAAGAAGCAGGUUUGAAAUUUUCUAAAGGAGAAAUUCUUCAAAUCGUAAACCGUGAAGACUCAAAUUGGUGGCAGGCUAGCCAUGUCAAAGAAGGAGGAAGUGCUGGCCUUAUACCUAGCCAGUUCCUGGAAGAGAAGCGGAAGGCAUUUGUUAGGAGGGACUGGGAUAAUUCGGGGCCCUUUUGUGGAACAAUAAGUAGCAAAAAAAAGAAAAAGAUGAUGUACCUCACAACUAGAAAUGCAGAAUUUGAUCGUCAUGAAAUCCAGAUAUAUGAGGAGGUAGCCAAAAUGCCUCCUUUUCAGAGGAAGACAUUGGUCUUAAUAGGGGCCCAGGGAGUGGGUCGAAGAAGUUUGAAAAACAGAUUUAUAGUAUUGAAUCCCAUUAGAUUUGGAACUACAGUGCCAUUUACUUCACGAAAGCCAAGGGAUGAUGAAAAAGAUGGGCAAGCAUACAGAUUUGUGUCACGAGUUGAAAUGGAGGCAGAUAUUAAAGCUGGCAGAUACUUAGAACAUGGAGAGUAUGAAGGAAACCUUUAUGGCACCAAAAUAGAUUCCAUCCUUGAAGUGGUUCAGACUGGAAGGACGUGCAUCUUGGAUGUGAACCCACAGGCCUUGAAAGUAUUGAGGACUUCAGAGUUUAUGCCCUAUGUAGUGUUUAUUGCUGCUCCAGAGUUAGAGACUCUGCGUGCUAUGCACAAGGCUGUGGUGGAUGCUGGAAUUACAACCAAACUUCUAACAGACACUGAUUUGAAAAAAACAGUUGAUGAAAGUGCACGGAUUCAGAGAGCAUACAACCACUAUUUUGAUCUCAUCAUUGUAAAUGACAAUCUAGACAAAGCCUUUGAGAAGCUACAGACUGCUAUAGAGAAAUUGAGGUUGGAGCAACAAUGGGUCCCAAUUAGUUGGGUUUACUGA